GUAAUACAUAUAAGAACAGUUCGUGUUCCUUUUUCACAGCAUAUCAUCAAAUCAAGAACACCACUAGCUAGCACAGCGAAUUAAUUGAGAGAGAUGCAUCAGAGCGCAUCGGCAUCGUCGCUGGGCCCCGGCGGGCUGGAUCUGACCCGGGCCUUCUUCAGGCCCAUCCACAACACUGCCCCGCCCUCCCCCACCAAGCGCCACACCAAGAUCUCCGUCAUCGGCGCCGGCAACGUCGGCAUGGCCAUCGCCCAGACCAUCCUCACCCAGGACCUCGCCGACGAGCUCGUCCUCGUCGACGCCAAGCCCGACAAGCUCCGCGGCGAGAUGCUCGACCUCCAACACGCCGCCGCCUUCCUCCCCCGCACCAAGAUCAUCGCCGACGUCGACUACGCCGUCACCACCGGAUCCGACCUCUGCAUCGUCACCGCCGGUGCCCGCCAGAUCCCCGGCGAGACCCGCCUCAACCUCCUCAAUCGUAACGUGGCGCUGUUCCGCUCCAUCGUCCCGCCGCUGGCGAAGUACUGCCCCGACACCAUCCUCCUCAUCGUGUCCAACCCGGUGGACAUCCUAACCUACGUCGCAUGGAAGCUGUCCGGGUUCCCCUCCAACCGGGUCAUCGGGUCGGGCACGAACCUUGACUCCUCCAGGUUCAGGUUCCUCAUCGCUGACCAUCUUGACGUCAACGCCCAAGAUGUACAGGCCUACAUAGUCGGGGAGCAUGGGGAUAGCUCAGUGGCGCUAUGGUCCAGCAUCAGCGUCGGAGGGGUCCCAGUCCUGAGCUUCCUUAAGAAGCAGCAGAUCGCAUACGAGAAGGAAACCUUGGAGAACAUCCACAAGGAGGUCAUAGACAGCGCGUACGAGGUCAUACGACUCAAGGGCUACACAUCCUGGGCAAUUGGCUACUCUGUGGCGAGCCUGGCUCGCACCUUGCUCAGGGACCAACGCAGGAUCCACCCAAUCUCAGUUCUCGCGAGGGGAUUCUACGAUAUCGAAGGUGGGGACGUGUUCCUCAGCCUUCCAGCUCAACUCGGGCGGGGCGGGGUGCUGGGCGUGACCAAUGUGCACAUGGACGAUGAGGAGACUCACCGGCUCCAAGCCUCCGCUAAGACCAUCUUGGAGCUGAUUGGUCAAUUGGAAAUCUGAGAUUUCAUGACUUUGAUUCACUAAUGCUUACUUUGACAUUUUCCUUUAAUUUGUCGAAUAAUUUUGGGAUGUCGUGGCUCUGUUUUUUGUUCCUCUUCUUAUGAUAUUUCUCUUGUAUGAUUAGAGUUGAUUUAUUGUAUGUCUUGUCCUCCUUAUACCGUGAUUCAUUUACUAAACAGGUCAAGAUCAACCUUUGUGUCA